AUGGAUGAGGGGGGGAAUGAUUCUUUAAAUAGACCAAACAUUAUGCCUUCAAACAGUGAUAUCGAAUUAAAUGAUUUGGAAAAUGUUCAUGAGCCUUUAAAUGACAUACAACAGUCUGUAUAUUCUGACCAGGCUAUACCAACAAAUAGAGAUCAGGAUUGGUUAUUAUUAGAACAGUCCAGCAUUUUAAAAAGAUUUGUGUACAAAUUAUGGUAUGGACCAAGAGAACCGAGUGAUAAUCCACCAACUUUUCCUUCCAAGUUUACCCUAUUGAAGAAGAUUGAUGAAUUUCCAGAGAAAAUAUUCAGAAAGAGGUUUCCUAAAAUGAGCACACAAAUAGUAAUACUAAUCUUCUAUUGCAUUAUAUGGUUCAGUAUUAUCUACACUAUAUUACACGCCUAUCUCUUUCGUAAACCAUUUUUUAACCUUAAUAAUGGUAGUACUAAAAUACCUAUAUAUACUUAUGACUGUAAUUCAUAUUUAAAUUGGAAAGGUAAAAAUAAUGCAUGUGGAUUAAAUGCAAGAGAUUGUUUGCCUUUUGAGGAUAAAUACUACUAUAUUAGAUGUCCUGCAUUAUGUGAUCGUGGCGGAUGGACUUAUUCAGCUAUUAAUGUAGGUGAUCAACGGAUAAAAUAUCAAGGUUAUGAGAUUGGAGGUGGAAGAAAUAAUAAUCCUGAUGACAACGAAAUGACCUUGUCAAAACCAUAUAGGGGUGACUCAUUUAUUUGUGGAUCAGCUGUCCACGCAGAUAUUAUUUCACCUAUCUAUGGUGGAUGUGCAAAGGUGAAUAUGCGAGGUUUUCAAACUAGCUUCCCUUCUGAAGAGGGAAAACAUAAUACACAUUUUUCGGUUAAGUUUGAUUCAUUUUUUCCUAGCUCCUAUGUUUUUGUCGACUUUCUUAAUGGUAUAUCAUCAGGUUGUGUGGAUCCAAGAUUUUUGGUCAUUACACUCAAUAUAUUAUUUGGUUUGCCUGUAUUUUAUCUGUACAAAAGUAUUAUUGGGUAUUGGAUUGUUACUAUAGUUGGAUAUUGGACUUUGGUUUUAUCAUUCGACCCCCCAAUAAUGGCAGAUCCUCAUUUUCCAGAGACUGGAUAUGAAUUAUUAAGCAUUGGAUUUCAAAGGUUAUUACCCUUAUGUUUUGUACUCUAUGUUGAAUGGAAAUGUUCUGUCAAGAGAACUUUAGAAAUUGGUUCCCCCUUGUGUAAAAUUUUACUUUGGUACCCUUUCUUAUGGUUAGGUGUUAUGAAUAAUGUAACUUUUGAUAGACUACCUGUAGACAGACUAACUCCAAAAGAUUUAAGAGAGCAGCCUGGUGCAGCUACAGCAGUUGGAACAAUAGCUGGGGUAAUAUUUACAUGUGCUAUUAUUCAAGCAUAUUCCUUAUGGAAAUCCGGGAGAUUCAGAAAGUUUUUCAAGAUAUAUAUUACAUUUAUCUGCUCUUUGAUACUUUUAUCAUUAAUUCCUGGUCUUAACCUAAGAUUACAUCAUUAUAUCCUUGGUAUUAUGUUAGUUCCAGGCUGUGCUACUAGGGGUGGGUCUGCAUAUAUGUUUCAAGGUAUCUUAAUUGGGCUGAUUUUAUCUGGAGUUUCAAAAUGGGAUUUUGCAAGCAUUGUUGAGACUGAUUUUGCAUUAUUAAGAGGUGAGGCUGGCGCUUCAUUACUACCUCCAACGUUGUUAUUCAAUGUAAGUAUGCCACAUUCAUUGUCAUGGAAGAUUGAUGCAAAUGUAACCGAGAGCGAGACACAGAUAUCUAAUAAAUACUUUGAUGGAUAUUCUUUAUUAUUAAAUGAUUUUGAAGUGUAUGUGGGUUCGAAUACAACAAUCGAUAUUGAUUUAUUAUUUCAAAAUAAUUUAGAAUUGUCUGAAAUGGUUCAAAAAGCAUUGGAAAAUAGUGUAAAUAAUACAAUACCUUUAUAUUUUAGAGUGGCUAGAGCGAGAAUCGAUUCUUCUGUAGAUAAUCAUGGUGAUUAUACAAAUGCUGGUGUAUUACAAUGGCCAGAAGGACUGUGGACACCACCUCUUCCUGGAGUAUCAUGA